GUUUUGGUCCGGGACAGCAGGGCCGCUGGUUUCUGCGGCGGGAGUUUAAUCGGCAGCCGCUGGGUGGUCACCGCCGCUCACUGCCUCGAUCUCGUCCGAGCGCACCACGUCACUGCCGGAGACUUUGACAAAUACCAGAGAGAGGUGAAGGAACAGAAGAUUGACGUGGCACGGAGCUGGACUCAUCCACAUUACGAUUCCGACAACUACAACAGCGACAUCGCCCUGUUGUACUUGAGCAGCGCCGCUGUUUUUAACGAGUACGUCCUUCCCAUCUGCCUCCCGAGCCCCAACCUCGCCGCCCUGCUCUCCGAGGAGGGGCGCGUGCGGCUGCCCAUCGUGAGCACGGAGACGUGCCAGCGCUCGACGGGCAGGCUCGUCACCGACAACAUGUUCUGCGCCGGCCACGGCUCGGAGGCUGCAGACGCCUGCAAAGGGGACAGCGGUGGCCCCUUCGCCGUGUCUUACCACAACACGUGGUUUCUCCUGGGGAUUGUAAGCUGGGGCGAGGGCUGUGCUGAACAAGGAAAAUACGGUGUGUACACCAGAGUAUCCAACUACAUCCCGUGGAUUAAAGAAAUUGUUGAAAGUGUAGCAGAUUCAGAGAACUUUACCGUUAACUUCUCCUAA